GAGAGAGAGAGAGAGAGAGAGAGAGAGAGAGAGUCUCAGACUGGUUAGCCCACCUAUCCGCUAGGAGGAGAGGAGAGUCUGUUGAGGAGCAACAAAACAAUAAACAGCUACUACUACAAACCACAUCAGCGGAGUUCACGAUAGAGAGGAGUACCAACAAAUAAUUGAGACAACGCCUCGGAGUGAAGUAACAGUCAUGUAUCUGAACAGGGAAGAGCACAUCAGCAAAGGCUCAGUGUCCCUCAGUGUGUUCCUGGUCUCCCUCGCAGUGACAGUGUGUGCUGUUUGGCUGGUGGCUCUUUGUGGCGUCUGUGGUUGGUGUCAACGCAAGCUGGGGAAGAGGAAUAAGCCAGGAGUGGAAACAGCAGACACUCCAGACUCUGCACGUGGGCGAGGGGAGAAGAAAGCCAUCAAUGAUCUAGACAAAGACUUUUGGAAUAACAAUGACAGCAGCACAGUGCAGCAGAGGUGGAGCUCCUAUCCGCCCAAGGAAUUCGUACUAAACAUUUCUCCCUAUGCCCCAUAUGGAGAUCCUCGCCUCACACUCAAUGGGGCAGUGUCAGGGGGUCAGAAGGGGGCAGCAACUGGGCAUGGGGAUGAUGGGGGGGGUCCUUAUCGCAGUGACAGCUUGAAGAGCAUGGUGACAGAGGGAGUGAAGGCCGGGAGGUGGCAGACCGUCCAGGGCCACAUGCAGUCCGGAGGAUUGAGAUCCAGCGACUUUGGAGAUCCAGUCUUAUCGUAUGCAUCCACUUUGGAGCACAUCCCCUCCCGGCCUCGGACGCUGCUGCGCCAGCAGAGUCUUCAGCAGCCUCUCAUCCACCCACCAGGCCCUCUUCUUGGCCAUCCACCCACCACAUCCCAGAGUUUGGGACAAUUACACACUGCACCUGGACAGCCUGGGGGAGGUGGGGGUGCUGGGAGAGGAGAGGGAGGUGGCGGCGGUGGUGAGGGUGGGGGUGCAGGUACACGAGGCGGUCCCAGGGGGGCACGGGGAAGCCCAUCAGGAGCAGGGGCCUCACGCAAUAGGGGAGGUGGAGCAGGAGGGCGCUCACAUGCAAAUCCUGGCAGCUGGGAUUACACGAUGGACCAGAUGCGGAAUCGUGGCCUGGACGUCAAGUCCUUCCUUGAAGGGAAGCUGGUGGUCCUGGCUUUGGCCAUUGGUGUGGCCGAGCAAGAUGAUUUUGCCAAUAUCCCUGACCUGCAGGAAACAGCGCAGGGACCACCACCAGCCAAUCAGGAGCCCCCUCCUGAGAAGAGGGGCAACAAGCCAGUUAACAGCCCCAAGGGCCGACCCCCUGAUGCUGAUGGCCGCUCAUCCGUAACUGACCUGGCCAACUCUCUCACUGGAGACAUGGUGAUGCUGUCCCCAGGUUCGGAGGAUGAUGACGGUGAAGGGCCCAUCAGUGAGAAGCUGGGCCGGAUCCAGUUCAGCAUAGGCUACAGCUUCCAGAACACGACCCUCACCGUCAAACUUCUCAGGGGCCAGGAGCUCCCGGCCAAGGACUUCUCCGGAACCUCCGAUCCCUUUGUUAAAAUCUACCUGCUGCCCGACAAAAAGCACAAGCUGGAGACCAAGAUCAAGAGGAAGAACCUCAACCCCCACUGGAACGAGACCUUCUUGUUUGAGGGCUUCCCUUACGAGAAGGUGAGAGAGCGCACUCUCUACCUUCAGGUGUUGGACUACGACCGCUUCAGCAGGAAUGACCCCAUUGGAGAGGUGUCAAUCCCCCUUAACAAGGUGGAACUGGGCCAGAUAAAGACCUUCUGGAAGGAGCUCAAGCCCUGCAGUGAUGGCAGUGGGAGACGAGGAGACCUGCUGUUGUCUCUCUGCUAUAAUCCCAGUGCCAACACCAUCACUGUGAACAUCAUCAAAGCGCGCAAUCUCAAAGCCAUGGAUAUCGGGGGCACCUCAGAUCCAUAUGUGAAAGUGUGGCUGAUGCACAAGGACAAGCGUGUAGAGAAAAAGAAGACGGUGACGAUGAAGCGUUGUCUGAACCCCAUCUUCAACGAGUCCUUCCCCUUUGAAGUGCCCGCCCAUGUACUGAGGGAGACCACCAUCAUCAUCACCGUUAUGGAUAAGGACAGGCUCAGCCGCAACGACGUUAUCGGCAAGAUCUACUUAUCGUGGAAGAGUGGACCAGCGGAGGUGAAGCACUGGAAAGACAUGCUUGCUCGGCCGCGUACUAACGUCGCCCAGUGGCACGCUCUCAAGGCCUGAUCGCACCGCCCAGCUUCCUCCAUGGCCCCUUCUCGUCCCCUACUCCCCCUCCUCCCUCCCCUCCUCCUCCCACCUGUCCUUAUGCACAAGACUGACUUGCUGCCAGGCUGCGAAACACGGGUACAAUUAGCCAUCUGCUCUCUUAAACCUUUAAACUCUUCUCUUUCAAAAUCUCUAUUCCUCUCCGACUCUUCUCACUUCUUCUGUUCCCUCUUUUUCAUACAGCUGUGUCUUAGUUUCUGUGUCUCACCACUUUGCCAAUGGUCCCCCUGUUUCUGACUGUCUGUAUGUCUGUCUGUCCUUAUGCACUUUGCCUGUGGAGGUCCGAUGUUCAGUUUCUUUGUCGACCCCUUGGUUCUGAACUGCACUGCAGACCCCGACCCAUUUAAGGUGCCAGUCCCGUGGGAUCACAGAGAAUCUUAAGUAACGAUCUAAUCUCAUAUAAUCCUAUUGUAUGACUAUUCCAGGUACACAAUACUGUACAGUAUGUACAUUAUGUACAUGUACAUAUUAACAUAUUAGGAAUAGAUUGGCAGAACUCCCCCUAUACACUUGAUUAGUACGAUAUGUUAUCCCUGUUUCCCAUCUCUCUUGUCUCUUCAUUUGUCCCCUUGUCAUCUGUCUCAAGUGUACAAUAUCCUCUCCCUAUUUCAGUCUCCCUCCUUUUACUCAACAAUGGUUUAAUGUUCAGCUGAAGUUGUGGGAAGCCAUCAAUACUCGAUUUGUAAUGAAACCAGCUGAACUCAAGAUGGAAUUGUUGAUAUCGCUGUCUUUUCUCUCCCUCCUCUUUUUUCCCUCUCUGUCUUCUUCUUUAUCUCUUUUUUUAUCCUUAUGGUUCCCUCUUUCUCUUCCUCUGACACAAUAUUAGUGUAUCCAGCCCUUUCUGGACCCCCAACCCCUCCUUGUCGUCUGUGUGCUGUGGGUGCUGUGCUGUAGCUCCAACAAAAAUAGAGAUUAAAAAGAAAAAAAUUAACUGAACUUUCUGAGACUGGGAAAGCGGGAACACAAUAAACUUAUGAAAUGGAUCGCUCCUGAUUUUUCCAGACAAAAAGCCCUGACAUGGAGAGAGAAAAAAGAAGAUGAAAAAACCCCCCAAACAAAACAAACAAAUCCCACAUGAUACAAUGAUGUCAUUUUUCACAGCAUCACCAACUGAGGAAACCAAUUUAAAAUCUUCUUCCAAUUUUAAGAUGAGAACAGAAGCUGUUCGUGCACAUGCAUUCGGUUGUGUGUUCACACUUCCGUCUGUUUAUUGAUGCUAUGAAUUCUUUGUCCUGCCCUGUGCUGUUGUGGUGUGCUGAUGGGGGUCUAUCCCCAUGACUGUAUAGUGUGCCUGUUGCUGUGUGUGCGUGUUUCUAUGUUCACAGGAGCAACACAAUUCAGACUCGGCAGAAAUCUUCUUCUCUUUUCUCUUUCUCAUCUUGCGCUCUUCUUGCUCUUCUUACUGCCAUUGUUUCCCCUCCAUCCUACUUUACUGCCCUGCCUUCAGAACGAGGACACAGGGAAGUUCUAUCUGCACUUUUUGAAAAUGUAAUAACAAUAAUAAUGAUAAUUACAGUUUUGAUGAUGAUUAUAAUACUGGUGGAAAUUAAGGGAGGAGUUUCUGAAAGGGUGAGCAUCAGUUGGGGAGAGGAGACGUCUGCUCUGUAAUUUCAGGGUUUGGAGAUAAGUGGAGGACACAGAGGAUGGAUGUAGGGCUCUCAUUCUCCUCUUUUUGUUCCUCGUUUUUGAUUAAUGCGGAAGGAAAAGUAAGAUAAAAUAGCCUUUCUCUGAGUGUUUGUUGUCCACAGAAACUACAAACAGCUGCGUAUCACAGACAGUGGGUGUGAUAUUAGAUGAUGGUCUGAUCUGCCGCUGUGAGAUACUGUAGAAGCAGAUUAGACAUUAUCUCUUCCCUGAGUGCUUGAGAGCACCACAGAGUGUACUGGUAGCUGCCCUGCUUGUCACGCACAUUCAGCUCAGCUCGAUAUUUCUGUAACGUAAAUAAAACAGAGUCACAGGGCGGCAACAUGAAUACUGUCAGCCAUUAAGAGCUGCUCACACAGACGGCCACUCUUUCUUAGUGUACACACUGCUGCAACAGUGUCUGUCUGUGUUUUCACAUUCAUAAAGUCCUGUGAAGCAUAAUCGUGUUAGCUAUUUGGGAUUUGUGUUUUACUGUAGCAGCUUUUAAUGUCUAAAUGAGCAUCCACCUUUCCAUCGCCUCUCUUGUUUGACUGACUUAGCGAGCAAAUAUAAUCAGUUGUUUGUUUAGUUGAAGCAUCACCGCGUUUGAAGUUCCUACUAACUCUGGCCCCAAUAAAAUCCAUGCCUAAAAUGCUGUGUUCCCUGCAGUGGAUUUUAUUUUCUAUUAUCAUGCAAUCAUUUGAUAGUAUCCUAUGCUUUUGUGCUAGUUUUGAAUCAUGGUAACAAUAACCGGGUCACCACAAGAAACAUGUAAUUGUAGUCUAAUCUGCAUCGGGUUAGUCCUCGUCUCGGGUUUCUAUAAACUGGUUUUUGGGAGCACACUGUGUGCUACGAGUGUGUUCUGGGCAGUGUGUUUCAUGUGAGACUUGGUGCUGGCUGCUGUGAUGCACUGAUCCAGUCCAGCACCCUUCAGAACAAUUGGCCAACCGUGGAACAGGGCCCACUGUUUUGACAGCCACUGCCUGCAGUGUCACAGCACAUUACACUCCUAUUAGUUGGUCAGAAAGGAGCAAUAUCUGCUUUCUUGGACCUGUGGGACUCGCUAUGUGCAGAGGUAAUACUCACUAAGAAUAAAACGAAACUAUGGAGCGCUCUCAUUAGUAAGCAGGAAGAUGAUGGACGGGGAUAAAGGCUUGUCAGUCAAAACGAGGCAUGUAAUCAGUACGCUGUGUAAAGCUGUAAAAAAACCAAAUGUGGUUUGAAUUUGCAGGUGUGCAGGUGACGAGUCAACACAAUACCUCUGCCGUUUCCUUUCACCAAGAUUACAUGUAGCUCAAGAAGUGAUGAAUUGCUAUGCCACAAGGGUUUCCAAAGCUUAGUCAUCAGUGACCCUGUAAACUGGGGGAUACGGCUUUAUUUUUAGUAACAUUCAAAGGUAGACUGGAGGCUGCAGACUUCUUAAAUGUAAAUCGUUUUUUCAAAAGUUAAAUGGCACGGUGAUCAAAACAUUAGCCAGUGGCAGGUUACUGUGCUAAAUGGAAUAGUGAGAUGCUAGAACAUAUGUUUCUUCAUGUAAGUGUAUUACUCAUUGUGUUUAGUUGACAUUAAGCAGUCGCUCAUAAUGAUUGUUAGGAAUUUAAUUUAGCAGGUAUCUAACAUUUAUCUUAAUUUAUCUAAAUUAAAAAUGAGAUUAAGUGAAUAUUCAGGCUCAUGGUCACAAAGGUUGUUAUUACCAUUAAAAACAACAAGGACAAAAAUAUUGCCCCUACCUUCAUAAGAGUCAGAUAAAAAAGUGUAUCACAGUGGCAUAUGAUUCAUCACGGAGUAUCCAGAAAGUUGCACUUUCCCUAAAAUAACUGGGAGAGUCGAACCUUUUGUUCUCUCGGCACCAGCAGUCAAACAGCAGCACCAUUAAAAUGGAUGGUGAGCUCAGAGACAAACAGUACAAAGGAGAAAGCAAUUUCCAAAUCCCAGUUUUAUUAUACUGCCACCUGUCUCACAACUCUAAACGUAUUGCGUUGUUGGCACCAACACUGUCGGCAAUGACCUUCACCGGUCCUGAGCUCAUGAAUACAGCAUGGCAGUGUUGCAUAUGCUCCCAGUCAAGACUUUUUUCAGACUAACUCCACUCAGUGUACUCGCUCUCCUUGUGUUCAGCCUCAGCUCUGUCUUUCAUCAGUGUUUCAUUCCCUGGCGAGGUCAACUGGUCGGCGCAGGUGUGGAUAAUUACUGCUUGAUAACUGAGAUUUAAUUCAAGGAGACUGAAACACUGUCCACAACUUUGCCGCUGAAUUAAGGUUCUUAUAACUGACUUUCGAGUUAAAUGACAUUCAAACCUUUGAUUUCUCUCUAUUAAGUGUUCAUUCUGUAGAACGUUGAAUCUCUUUCUAAUUUCUACUUUCUGCUAAUUUCUUUAACUUUAAACAGCCACUUUGUCAGAGCCAUGGUAAACAUUAUACCUGCUCAAUAUCAGGAUGUUAGCGUUGAAAUGUUUCAGUAGUGGGAAGUAACUAAGUACAUUUACUCAUUGAGGUACUUCACUAAAGUAUUUCCAUUUUAAGCUACUUUAUACUUCUACUACUAAAUAUUAGAGGCAAAUAUUGUACUUAGUUUCUCCUCUACAUUUAUAUAAUAACUUCAGUUACUAGCUACUUUGCAGAUUUAGUUUAUAAUAUAAAAUACAAAUCAACUACUACAUUGUUACAUUAUGAUGUUAUUAUAGAUUAAGAUCAGUAUAUAAAGUAGUUAUAAUUAGCUCCAUCGUUACCAACUGCAACAUUAAUGUGAUGAGGACUUUAAUGCAUUAAUAAUUAUAAUGCAUAAUAUACUUUACAUAUACAUAUAUACACAUACUUUUACUUUUUGUACCUUAAGCAUAUUUUGAUGCUAGUAC